CCACCCCCACCCCCCCUGAGUACUCGCUCCCUGGUCUGCGGUUGCUAAGGGGCUGGCUGGAAUGACCCGGGUAAGUAGGAGACACAAGGAGAUGCACUAGAUGGAGCUGCCGACAGAGAGGACUAUCUGAUCCUUGAUCCCUCCUCUUCUCCAUGCUGACACACAGACAGAUGGGCUCUGAUCCACAAUACAGAUGCAUGCCCAUAUAGGAGGGCACCGCUGUGCAGACCAGGGGUCUUCAACAGGCACAGCUUGAGAGGAGGACCUCCACAGAGACACGCAGAUCCACACACUGCAACCUCAAGUGUAUUCGUGGGUUUCCCGCUGAAGAAAACAUCUUGUUUCCAAUAGUCAGCACUCAGAGAUCUUGAAUGCUCUGUGAUGGUGAACCCCAAGAAACCGUUGAAGGUCCUUAUCUCUCUGGCCCCUUGAGCUCAGAGACAGACCUUUGUUGUGUCAGCUGUCACACCAAGGAUACCAAUGAACAGACUAGCACUAAAAGAGCAGGGUGAAUGAUUGGGACACAGAGAUCAGCCUCUGCAGCGGAACCCCUACCCAUGUUGCUUCCUCCUUUCAGGGAAUGGCCAAGGUCCAGGAUGGACACACGAACACAUGUGAAAGCCCUGACAUGUUAGAGGAGAGCCAGGAUGGUAUGGACAGUGGCACCCUAAGUCCUCCCUCAGCUCGACAGGUUACCAUCAAACGCCACUCGGCUCAAGGCUUCGGCUUCGUUGCAGGUAGCCAGAGGCCUGUCAUCAUUCGUUCCGUCUCUGCCGACGGCCCCUCCUUUGGAAAACUUCUCCCUGGAGACCAGAUCUUGGCCAUAAACGAAGAGACGGUGAGCGACGCGCCCCGAGAGAGAGUCAUAGACCUUGUAAGACGCUGCAAAGACACUUUAGUUCUCACCGUGCUGCAGCCCCAUCAGUCACCUAAGUCUGCCUUCAUAAGUGCAGCCAAAAAGGCCCGUCUGCGAACCAACCCUCCUAAAGUACGCUUUUCAGAGCAAGUGUCGAUCAGCGACCCGGACUCAACAAUGCUUAAGGACGACUCCUUGCUACUCAUACCAAAUGUGUUGAAGGUGUUCUUGGAGAACGGACAAAUUAAGUCUUUUACAUUUGACAGCCGCACCACUGUUAGGGAUGUGAUCUCCUCCCUGCAGGACCGCCUCUCAUUGCGGUACAUUGAGCACUUUGCUUUAGUGCUGGAGGCAGGUGGGCUGGAUCAGAAUCAGAGGUUGCAUCUGCUGCAGGAGAACCAGCCACUGACACAUGUGGUGCACAGAACCUAUUUCCAGGGGAUGAAGUGUCUGUUCCGUGCGUGCUUCUUCCCCAAGGACCCUGCAGACCUGUUAAGAAGGGACCCUGCUGCAUUUGAGUACCUCUAUAUACAGAGUCGCAAUGAUGUUAUAAAGGAGCGCUUUAGCAUGGACUGGAAAUCUGACGUCACGUUACGACUGGCCGCGCUCCAUAUCUACAUCACUGUGUCCUCUGCAAGGCCUAAUCAGAAGAUCUCUCUCAAACAUGUUGAAAAAGAGUGGGGGCUAGAACCUUUUCUUCCGCUUACUCUACUUCCCACAGUGAAGGAGAAGAAUGUGUGUAAAUCCCUGUCUCAGCUACUGAAGACAUACCAACAUCCACCACCGUCAGGGAAUAAGGUUCCUCCACUCCAGGGAAAGCUGCAAUACAUGCGAAUACUCAACGACCUUCCACCUUUUGGUGGAAUACUGUUUCACACUGUGGGGCUGGAUGAAAAACAGUCUGCUACAACACUACUGGUGGGGCCUCGACAUGGCAUCAGUCAUGUAAUUGAUCUAAAGAACAACCUCACAACAGUUCUGGCCGAGUUCAGUAGGAUUUCCAAGAUCCAGCUUUACAGAGAGAGUCAAGGAGUGGCUCGUGUUGAAGUAUCAAUUCAUGAGGGCAAGCCUCUGGUUUUACUCAUGGAAUGGCCUGAUGCCAGUAACUUUGCGUGCCUCAUCUCUGGCUACUAUAAGCUAUUUGUGGACCCUAAACGAACCAUCUACGUUCGUAACUUUGGUCAGUCUCAGCUGAUCAAGCCAGAUUACAGGAGUUCCCACCAUCCCCACCCGCGAGCUGGGGCAACCGGAUUGCAAACUGGAGGGCGGCGAGGGGAAGAGAGGGAAAGUUCACACAGAGAGUCAGGAAGUUCAAGACCCAUGGUUCCUGCAGAACCUCAACACCUAGGCUUGUGUCACGUCCACCUUAGAGAACAACAGCAAUUUCAGGAGCUCCAAGUGCACCCAGAGGCAGAACUUGAUAUCAACGAGAACUUUAUUUCUCAUGAGCCCCCUGGUCGACCCCGUACUAAAUCAGAUCCCACACAGGAGAGUACAGAGGAAAUAGCUGGGGUUUUAGAGAGCCCAGCUGUGGAAAACACUGGAUUUCGAGUAAGGGCCCAAACAAUUGCUCAAUCAAAGAAAACCUCCCGGUACUUCUGUGACUCCUGCAAAGCCAGGUUAAGGGCUGGGGGUCAUGCAACGGCAGCAAACAGCAGUGGGAGCUCGGGGAGACAUUGCUCUAGUGCUUGUGCCUCUCGAGAUGGAGGGGCUGUAGACCUCAUGGCCCUCCCACCUCCUGGGAAUGAAGAAGAGGAGGAAGCAGAUAGUGGAGGUGAAAAGCUGCAACCACCAACACCUGCCAUUGCUGCCCCACCACCUGGCUUCAGGGAUAACAGUUCUGAUGAGGAUGAUCCAAAAAAAGCAAAGAAGGCAAGAACAAGCGCUAGUGUUGAGGUUGCCACAGGAAAGCUGACGCAAGCUAAAGAAGAUGUGCCUGUGACACUGAUUGAUAACGUCUCAACAAGAACAGUUCGAGAUCAUGCCCAGGAGCUUGACGAUGCUCUGGUGUCGACCUUACAGGCGCUUGAGGCUUUGGCAGCCUCUGAGGACUACCCGCAUCACCCUCAACAACCAACACAGACUGCAGGGUUGAUUGUCUUAGCUGCCAUUACACCUGAGUCAUCACUGGAUUCAGGUCAUGAGACCAACUCCUCUGAGUUAACAGAUGUUUCUGAGAUGGUGUCAGCAAUGAAGCAAAACCAGAACCAAGCAUAUCUCCUAGCUCACCAUAUCAACAAGGAACGUAUCCUCUGCCGCCGUGACUUCCCCAUGGCAAUCCCUGGCUGCACUGCAAAGACCAUAGGGACCGGGGCCUUUACUGUGGGUCAGAUCCGUGCUGGCUGCCCACCUAAGCAAGUAUUCCUUAGCAAAACUGUUCCCUUUAAAGUAAGCCCCGCCCAAGAUUCAGCAAUACUUAGGGUUGUAACUGAACAAGCUGGCAAUAAAGACAGUUCUCAGACUCAACAUAAAGCAGAAUUAAAAGCUAUCUCUGAGUCUACCAAAGGAAGCACUAUUGACCCUGAUUCUAAGCCACCAGACGAACCUAAGAAAGUUGAUAUGUCAUCGACAGGUCAAGUCAAUGCAGCUCAAAAUAUAUCAAACUCUUCAGAAGUAACACAAUCUCAAAAUCUCUCUGAUGGUAUGAAGGUUAAGACAGCAGGACCUCUUACUAUAGACCCAAUACACAAAGCCUUACCUAAAAUUUUGCCUGUGGACACAAGUGUCUCUGCCAAGAUCUCCCCCAUUAAUAUGUGCCAAGAAGCCAAGACUGCCUCCAAUGAGACCAUGAAGCCUUCAAGCUCUGCAGAACAUCUGCCAGUGGAUGACCUUUUCUGCACAUGUCCAGUGCAACAGGAGCUUGCACCUCAACUAAGGCUAAAUGACCCCCAGGUUCAAAAGAUAGUAGUAUUUCAGUCAUCAUCCCCCACAGACGAUGAACGUCUUCGAGCCAAGGGUCUCCAAUUGGCAAAUAGCAAAGAAAAUGCAGCAAGAGUAGGGACAGAUCCUACUUUGGCAAAACCAAGCCCUCAAAUACAAAGCAAGUUAUCCCCUAAUUUGCCUGUAAAGGUAGAAAGGAAGGAAACAUCUGAAACCAAGACUGAGGGAGCCCAGGGAAAAUCCCACACAGAGUCACAGAAUCAGAAAUGCUCCAUAAAAUCCUUACCUAUUUUAGAUGAUCUCACAACCCCAAGUCCCAAUGUGGAAAAAGUCUCCACUCUUCCAGCUAGAGACUCAAAGAAGCAGAGCAGUGCUAAGAAGUCGCAGCGCAAUGCUCCUUUCUUGAGCUUUAGAAAUCUUCUUUCAGCAACAUUUCCUGCAAGAAUGAGAAGAGAGACAGAUGAACGAAGAGCACAGCUACAAAAGGUUCGUCAGUAUGAGCUAGAGUUUUUAGAGGAACUGCUGAAGCCCAAGUCAUCACAAGGAGAAUUUAUACCCCAAGGAUCUUCUCCUGUGCCAUCAGGCACUCCUUGCGCCUGCCAACUCCGUACCAGUCCUGUCCUUAAAGCUCCAGGGAUCUCUAGAGAGCAGCGACGCAGUUGUGACUGUAAACGAAUGUGCAGGGGUAUGCGACUACCUGACACACCAGUUGGCACCACUACAGAGACAAAAAAUCGAAGCAGAGAGAGAACUGUCUCAAAGACCCCUCCAACUGUUUCCAAAACCCCCCAUGCCCAUGGUGCCACAAGGAGACCUCAAACUUUAGAAAUCAAGACGACAAGAAUACGGUCUACCAGUCUUGAGUCAAGAGAGCCAAGGGGAGACCAGAACUCUUGCUUGCCCACUUGUACUUCUCGAACCGACUGCAUGGGAGCUCCACAAUACACAAAGCUUCAGAGACGAUACAGUAUUGGAGAGCUGGACAAUAGUUCAAGCACACCUGUGUAUGCUGAGGUGAAGCCGAAAGCCAAAAGUCUGGAGAAAGAAAUGGAAAGAGUAAGGGCCACAGGGUUGCGGCUACCCACUCCUAUAGAGCCGGUUCGCACUCAGUCUCACCAGGCAGAGGGGAAAGGGAAAAAGGGUCUAUUUUUCAUUCAGGGAGAGGAACUGCUACGUGAUACUAAAGAAGAGACCACUGAGGUUUUGCUCACAUUGCCCAGUGAAGACAGUGAUGACAAAGACAAAUGCUGCUCAUUCUGUUUCUGUUAUAGGAAGUGUGAAGCUGCAGAUGAAAGCAGUGAGAAAGAUGAACUCUCAUACUCCAUACCUCUACAGGUCCUUCCAGGCAUGGAGGUGGACUCUCGUACCUUUCCUGUUGUAAGCAAAACACUCCAGGUCCUAAAUGCAGAGGACUGCAGUGGAGAAGAAGAGGAGGAAGAGGAAGAGGAACCACGGACACAGGAUAUUGACCUAAGAACCUGUGGCACACUGGAGGGGAGCCUUGCACGUGUACAGGCUCUACAGGGGAAAAGUUUCAGUUUACCUGAUGGGUUUCUAAAUGCUCAGCUGGAUGCUAAUGAGUUGUUAGCUAUCCUUCGACAGUGUGCUAACAGCCCACAGGCUGAAGGUGAAGCUCGUCUUCAGUCCUCACAGAUUGCAGAGUACAAACAGGAACUGGCAGUGCGUUUCAAAGAGUUCAGGGCCUCAUGUCGGCGGGUGGCAAGUGUUGAAAAAAGCCCAACCCGAAUGCUCGCUGUUGUUUCAGAUAGCUUCCAGGUGUUGUGUGAACUAACUCAGACCUUUAUCAAACUGGUCCGAGGAGUCCGCACAGAAGCCCAAAGGCUACAGCUUUUGAGGAAAGUUGAGGAAGUUGCUAUCAACUACACUUUGCUUCUUCGUGCAGCAGAAGAGUCCAUGGGGCACUCAAGCAGUUUACCAACAAAGACAAUGAGCCCUCAAGUUUGCUCCAAUAUUAAUAACAUGAGCUCACUUACAAGACCCAUCAAAACUCUGCCUGCCCAGUAGGAAUAAAUCUGGCAGGCACAUCGGGGGCUACUCAAUCCAAAUUUAUUAUUUAUUUAGCGUUUACAAUUUUUAUUAAAUCUGCAAUGAAUCAUCCACAGUAAAAAUUGCAAUGCAACUAUUUCAUCCCAUGUUUACAGGCCCUGAGGUAGCCUUGUUUUGAAAAAAUAGAGAUACACCAAACUAAUGCACAAUCGAGUAAGAACUCUGCAGCAGACUGGGUGAUACAGGGCUAAUCACCUCAUAUGACCAUUCACAAUACAGUAUAUAUAUAUAUAUAUAUAUAUAUAUGAAGCGUUCUAGUAAAAUAUUUUAUAUAUAUAUGUAUAUUUUAGUUGUGUCUAUAUAACAAAUACUAUAAAGUUUGUGAAGAAAAUAAAAUAUAAAUUAAUUUAAAAUAUACUGAAGUAAUAUAAUGAUAAAAUUGAUAAUACAUCAGAAGUACAUGUAUGCGUUGCACAAAAAUAGUUCUGAGAUCUUGUCACGUAGCAACUUCUGUAAACUGAAUAGUCCAAAGGGUUGGUUGGUUAGGUGGUGAUGUGUUUGUGAAAUAUGUUACCUGUUGUAAUGCAAAAAUGAUCUCUGUUGGCCAUGCUGGCAAUGUGUGACAUACAAAUAUGGGCCAAAAUGCAAGUGAAAGAGUUGGAAACUGUACUGAACGAAAAGUAUAAAACACACUAUAAUAACUAUCGGGGGCCCCAUUCUCUCAUUAUAAAAAAAACAGUUAUGAAACACAAAUGUUUAGGAGCAGACAAUGUAGCAGAGACCCAAUUCGCAGUUUUAUCCACUGAACAGUAAUGAGUGUAAUUACCUCACUCAGCUAUAGAAAUGACUUUGCCACAGUAAAAUCCUUAACACAAACGGUGUACUUUACACCUUUAUCAAUUCAUGGCUCACUUGCAUCUCAUUGAAAGUCAAUCCUAUAAACAAAAACCUUCACUGGCAAGUGAGUAAGCCUGUGACUAGGAUUUUGCACAGCCUCAAAAUUAUUUCUGAACUUAAAAUGUAUCCUUUAUUGUUUACAUAUGUGUUUUUGAUUCAUCCUGCUGCUGAAAACCUUACUUGAGUCAAUGUUAUAACAAUUUAUCUCCUUAAUGCUAAUGCUGACAGGUUUUGAAAUAUUCUUUAAUUUUUAUUCAUAUUUUCAGAUACUACAUAAGAAAAUGUGCUUUCUAUGUGCUGUUACACAUUGUGCAAUCUAGCAAAUAUUUAAACACACAAAGUAGUUUUCUAUGUAUUUUAAUAAAACUAACACACCAUUUCCUGUCUGAAAUCUUUAUUUGUGUCAGAUUAUCUUGUUAUUGCUGGAAAUUAACUACAGAGGCUUUAUACAUGUGCUGGCCUAUAAUGUAUAGUGGAUAGACUGUUAAAAGAAAGUGCUAUAAAACAAAAUCAUUGGUGACAUUUCUGCUGCAACAGUAAAAACAAGAAGAAAUAAUAAAAAUUUAUUAUUUCAACAAUUCCACAAACUUAUUCUCAUUAACGGUUUGGCAGUCUGGUGGGAAAAGAUAAGUCUAUGGAAGAAAAAGAUAAAAGAAAAUAUGAAAUAUCCCUUUCACAAUGUUUCUUUCAUUGAAAACAACAAAAUCUAGUUAACCUGGCACUGAAACUAAAAUUGGUUUUAGAACACACAAGCUCUCUUUUAACAGUGUUUCCUCUACUGCUAAUGUUGCAUUUUCAUAACCAUUAUGUAAUGUUUUUUCUCACUGUAAAUUUUUUUUUCCUCUCUUGCAACAUUCAGGGACACAUAUGUUGGAGCUGGAGGUGACGAUAAUGUACAGAUUUUUUUAAAUGGGAAAAGCAGACAAAACUGAAAGAGGAACCAUGUUCACAAUUUGCAAAUGGUAUCCAGUAUGGAAAUGUAGAAUUUUACACCACAGAUGUAAAUAGUAUAAUAAAAUAUUUAAGAGAAUAUGACAGACUUUUAGAUCAUUACUUAUAAUAAUACGAUUGAUUUAAUCCCUUCACUAUUUUGUAAAUAGGAUAUGUCUGUGAGGUAAUUAUUUAUAGUGUUAAUGUAACAUAGAGAAUAAUAGCAAAAACAUAUAUUUUGAAGAAUAUCAGUAUAAAGCAUGGGACAUGUUUAUUUUUAUAAACAAAAAUAUCAGACUAUGUUUCCUCAUCAGCCUGAGAACAUUUCAGCAUUACAAGAAACAUUUUCUGUUAUCAUUGUUUCUUUUGCAUUGCUAAAUGGGAUCCAGGUCAAUUCGUCCCUUCUCCAGUUCGUACCUCCAAACAUGACUUAACUAUUGUGUAUUAAAUAAUGCUCUUGGUAAAUCAUUGUUUACAUUUUUAAUGACAGUAAAUAAUCAAAAUAUGCCAAAAUCCUACUUAACAUUACAUUUAAUAUACCUUAAGAACAUUUACAAACUACCCUAUUUUCCAUUUAACGUGGUUGCAUCCCAGUUUGGGCCAGUUGACUCUCUUUAGUCAAAGCAAAAUAACUUUGAGCAACCUUCUGCUAGUAGGUAUUAUUUAUAGGAGUCACAUAACAUUUCAUUAUAGCAGACUGAUUGUAGAUAAAAGAAAACUAUUUUAAAUUUAUGGUUGCUAAAAUGUCCCCAAGGAGAGUAUGAGUUGAUGUAUGACUGUUACGUAACCUCCAGGGGCAGAUGGCUACUUUUCAUACUGAUAAAGAUGAGUACAAAAAGGCCAAAACUUCAAUGUACAAAAUGGCAAAGGGGUGAAAUGACCAGCAUUGCGUUGAUACGUUGAUAAGUCUGUGUUUCAUUCACAUAAUGAUGCCCACCAUGACUAGGUAUUUUGUUUUUCUUUUAUGCACUUAUUCAUUCCUGUCUUUAUUCACUGUCAAUGAUCUUGUCGUCACUGUGGUCUUUUGUCUGUGUACCAAGUUAAUUCAUGUUUUAAGAGCAAUAAAGAAUAUUAAAUAAACUA